AUGAUACAUGAGGAAGACGAUGAGGUGGUGAGCUUUAAGCCACCUGAUCGUUCGACAUCAGCUCCACCUAUUCUAUCGCUCAACAGCAAUCAGUUGUUUGCAUUUCGUCCAAGCGAGUUGUUCAACGAUAUUAGAUGCGAUGAGAACUACUUUGAGUUCUAUCACAGUCAUCAGAACAAGGACACUCUGCCUCCACCCCUAGAGUCUGCUCCAUCCUUUUACAACUUCCCUGCCAACGAUGAUGAUCAAUUGUGGAACAAUGGUUUCAAUGAGGUAUUCUUUAGACAGAAUGUGAUGGGUAACAUUCAACAACAACAACAACAACAGAGACAACAACAACAGCAACAACAGUACUUCCAUCAGCAACAACCUCAUGUUCCACAUCAACAGUACCAACAACAACAUCAUCACCUACAGCAGCAGCAACAUCAUCAACAGCAGCAUCUUCAUCAGCAGCAACACCACCAGCAGCAUCACCCACAGCAGAGGCAACACCAGCAGCAUCACCAACAGCAGCAUCACCAGCAGCACCACCCACAGCAGCAGCAUCAUCAGCAGCAACAGCAGCCAAUGCACCCAAAGUUCAUGAAUCAGAAGCAGAACAGCAUGGGCUCAUUCAACAAUGCGUUGGGCGGCCAAGCCCCCAUUGGAACGGUCAACUACGCUGCGUUUGGUGGCGGUGUCGGAGCUGGCAGCGCCAACAACAAGUUCUUUGAGCUCUCGCCCCCUGGUAUGCCCCCUCGCCCCGCUGCUGGCGGUCCCCCUCCAGGCCUCCAGCUCAAGAUGGGCCAGAUGACUCUGAACGAUCAGAGCGUCGGCAAGCAGCAGCAGCAGCAGGAUGAGAUCACGCCAGUCUCGUUUGAUGUGGCUUACUCCACAAUCAAUCAGCUGUACAACGACACGGGCAGCAGCCAGCACACCAACGGCAACGUUGGCAUGACCAAGAGCACCUCGAACUCAGCGCUCAACAAGGCAUGGAAGGAUAAGGCCUUUGAGCCACAGCCAAUGCGCGGCGGACCAGGCGUGGUUGGCUCCAACCUCAACAAGGCGGUGGCACCACAGCAGGGUAGCCACAUUCACGCCCCAACACCAGUGUCGUCGGGCAACAAGCUUAUUGGCAGUGACAUCGAGUCAUCGUUUGACAGGUUCUACGCCGACCCAUCGUCUGCCGACACAGCCUCUGGCAAGAAGAUGAACACGGUCGUUCCAUCCCGUACGCCCACCCCACCCAACAGUAGCACCAGUGGCGACAGUUCGUCGCCAUCGCAGGUGUGCCGAUACUACACCCAGGGCUACUGCAGCAGAGGAUUCAAGUGCAACUUUGUCCACGACAGCGCCGAGAAGUCCGAGUACCAGCGCCAGCAACAGAUGUCUGAGAAGUCACCAGGUUCGUCUGCUCCAAUGUCCAACCACCAGUCGCCCACCCCCGCGGCCCCAGUCCAAACCAGCAAGCAAUCGAACAAUGGCAGCGGCAACGGCAAUGUUGCCAACAACAACGGCAAUGCAAGCGCAAACAACAAUGCUGGAGGUGGCAACACAAGGAACAAGAACCAGAGAAAGAGUCUUCCAAAUGCAGACACUGGCGCCCAGACCGAGAAGAAGCAGCCACAGCAGCAGCAACAACAGCAGCAGCAACCACAGCAGCAGCAGUCUUCCAACGCCAAGCAGGCAAACAUGGGCAUGAACAAGCAGCAGCAGUCCAUCGUCAACAACCAGGCAUCAAACACCGGAGCACAGGCCUCCGUUGACAUCAACGCCAAGAUCGAGUUCAUCGCCUCGAAGCAGUACAACUCAGUGGAGCAGCUCGCCGGCUUGAUCUACCCGUUGUGUCGCGAUCAGAAUGGUUGCCGCUUCCUGCAGAAGAAGCUGGAGGAGGGCGACGAGCAGAUGACCGAGAUGAUCUUCAAGGAGGUCUGCGAGUACAUGCUCGAGUUGAUGACCGACCCAUUCGGUAACUACCUGUGCCAGAAGCUCUUGGAGCACUGCAACAAUCGUCAGAGUCUCUCCAUCAUCGAGAAGGUCGGACCAGACAUUGUGCGCAUCUCUAUGAACAUGCAUGGCACGCGUGCCGUCCAGAAGAUGAUCGAGUUCCUUACAUACCCAGAGCAGAUUGCCCUGAUCAAGAAGGCUUUGGCCAACCACGUCGUUCAGUUGAUUCAAGACCUGAACGGAAACCACGUCAUCCAGAAGUGCUUGAAUAAGUUGCCGCCCGAAGACAACCAGUUCAUUUACGACUCUGUCUCGACGACACCAAACUGUAUCUCGGUGGCCACGCAUCGUCAUGGAUGUUGUGUGUUGCAGCGCUGCAUCGACAACGCCUCGCCAUCGCAGAAGAAGCAGUUGAUCAACGAGAUCAUAUCGAACGCACUGGUGCUGGUGCAGGAUCCAUUCGGCAACUACGUUGUCCAGUAUGUGCUGGACCUCCAGAUUCCAGGCUUGGCUACCGAAAUGUCCAAGCGUUUCCUGGGUCACGUGCCCAUCCUCGCCACCCAGAAGUUCUCCUCCAACGUCGUGGAGAAGUGUCUGAACGUUGCCGACCCCAGCACGCGAGGCCACCUAAUUCAAGAGCUCAUCGACUGCGAUAUCCUUGCCAACCUGCUGCAGGAUCCAUUUGCCAACUACGUCAUUCAGACUUCGUUGAGCAUCGCAGAGCCACAUCAGCACACCAAGUUGGUCGAGGCCAUUCGUCCUCACCUAGCCAUGUUGAAGAACACUCCAUAUGGCAAGCGCAUCCAGAACAAGAUCAUGAAGGAAGGCAGGGAGUACUUCUAA